AGUACGGCUUCUGAAUUAAUGCUAGAAGUGCCAGUUGGAGUUCUUGCAUGCCGACGUGCCCGUUGUGUGUUACUGUCUGGUCGUUAACGGGAGCUUGAUUUGUCGUCGCUGGCGUGAUGGAGCUGGACAAAAUGGAUGAAAACGACUGGAAGUAUCACGGAGAGGGAAACAAGAGUCUGGUGGUCUCCCACGUACAGCUUUCCAGAGUUUUACGUCUGCUCAAGUAUCCAGCAGAGGACUCCGAAAACCCACCACAGACAGCAGAGCAGGCAUUCAGGCAGAUCCAGAACAUUGUUGACUUCAGCUCCUACGUGAUGAGCAGCCUGCUGGGAGAGAAGUUCAUCCACAGCGGGGAAGUGGUCAAACUGCCGUUAGAGUUUGUACGACAGCUGUCAAUCAAGGUUCAGCAUCAAAGACCAGUGUGGCGCUGUGAUAAGGUGAUGGACAUCUACAGCGGCUGUGCUCUCUGUCUGCCCAACCUGACAUCUCCAACCCUCCACCAGCCAACACACACUCCUCCACUCUGCAUCGAGAUCAAGCCUAAAUGUGGCUUCCUGCCGUCCUCCAAACAUGUCAGCAAAGACAUAAAGACCAAAGUGUGUCGCUUCUGCAUGCACCAGCACUACAAGGUGGCCAAUGGGAAGUGGAAGAGACGCAGUCUGUACUGUCCUCUGGACCUGUUCUCAGGGAACAGACAGAGAAUGCACUUUGCCAUCAGGCACCUGAUAGAAGAACCUCAGAACAACUUCAAAAUCUUCAAGGGCGGUCAGUGUAUUUACAGCAGUAAAGAGGGCAGUGACGACUCGAUGGACCUGAACUCUCUGCUGCAUCAUCUCAGACCGUACUUCAUGUACGGAAACAACAGAAUCAACAGUCACAUGACCAGCAAAGCUGUCCUCAACGACUUCAUCCAGGUCCUGGUGAACGCCCUGCUGUGUAGUGGAGGAGGAGAUGAAGGGGUGGUGACGGACAGACAAGGAGAAGGGCGGAGCUUCUGUGAAGCCAGUCUUUUCAACAAGGAGAGGAUUCGCCAUGGCUCUCAGGGUUUACCCAGAGACAGUGUUCUGUUCAGCAUCCUUCAGACCCAGAUGUUAGACACGUUGGACAUCGAAGGACUUCAUCCUUUGUACCGCCGAGUGGAGCAACACCUGCAGAACUUCCCCAAGGAGAGAACCCGUCUUCAGAUAGAUGGGCCGUACAACGAGGCCUUCCUGGAGAAGCUGCAGAAAUGUCCGCCCGAGGACGACGGCUCUGUGGAGUACGCUGUGGCCAAGGUUCAUCAGUACCGCGUCGCCAUGACAGCCAAGGACUGCUCCAUCAUGGUGGCCCUGGUGCCCAGCACCGAGGAAGAGGAGGAGGACGAAGGUCUCUCCAGUCAGAGGCGGCUCAGAGACAUCCUGUCCAGACCUCUUGCUUUCUCCUACUUGGUCUCCAUCUUGGAUCUGGACCCAAAGCCGUUCGACAGCAUCCCCCGCCAACUGCGCCUGGACCAGAGGAUCGUCUCCUGCUACUUGAGAACUGGUGGUACCUUGCCAAAGGGCUCCCUGGCACCGCUCCCAAGCAUCUUUACGGCCGCAGAGAGAGAGGACUGCACGCUUCUCUUCCACCCAGUGUGAAAGCCCAGGCAGACCCGGGCGACCCUGACGACGAGAACUAACCGACGCCACGCUGAUGCCUCAAACCGAGAGGAGAGACGCCAUGUUGAUCCCAGAGGUCUAGAAUCACUUCAGACCACAGCUGUUUUUUCCACUGCAGCACUUUCUCCUCCUCACUCAGCUCAUGUUGACAGGUAUCACUCUGAUUCCUGCUGCUGCUGCUGCUCAGCUAACAUUAAAUCUCCAGGAAGUCACCACUAAAUCACAUGACAUGUAAACGACUUCCAGAUCAUUUUUGUUACUGAUUCUAGAGCUUUUGCGUUGUUGUGGCGGCCCGACUUUCUCGCUCCUGUCCGUAGGUGAAUCCCAACGUUGACAGUUUUGUUCUUUCCUUUGGUGACAAAAGCUGAGAUUGAAGAACAGGUUCACAGUCAGUUCUUGUCUUAGAACAACAGUCCGGAUGUUCAUUGCAACAGGUUCUUCUUGCUGUAAACAUCUCUUCCUAACGCACUUUUAAUGUAAGCGAUGAGUGAAGAAAACCCACAGUACACUCCACAGUUUUCAUCUGAUGUUAAUGAGGCCUCAGCAGUCUGAGUUUGAAAACUAAAGGUGGUAUCUUCUAAAGUUAAAGUCUCUUCUCCCACACCGAGACCAGAUCUCCUAAAGGCCUUUAAGAACAGGAUGAAUGAUUACAGCAGGAAAAACGCUGUCAUGUGUCCGUGUUCAUGUGGACACCAGAGUAUUGCUUUAAGACGGACUUUAAAAAUUGUGAACCUGUCCUUUAACCUCUUGAUGAGGACUGAUGCAGUUGUCGUGGCAACAGUCCCUGAUUCUUCUCAUUCUCCACGGCAACGCUGCUGACAAAGGAAAAAACAAACAAAAACAGUUGUCUGGGCUGGGAUGUACGUAUGAUGUCAUGUCCAGGUUUUUGGCUGAAGCAUCACCAUGGCAACAGAAGCCCUAGUGACCAUAGCUUCAGAUACAGAGGAGGGGUGAAACUAACAUGGCGGAUCUGAUGGCUGAACAGUCUCAGCUGGGUGGGUGGAGCAGUUGAGAUGUUUCUUGUACCUAUAAUUUUCUUUGCCUUUAUUCGAUGUCAGAGGUUUUCAGUUCCGGUUUCACAUCAGUCAACUCGAGACUGUAACGAUUAAAGGGUCAGUUUAACCAAAUACAGGUUUCUCUCUUCCAACUCGUGAAAUCUCUCCAGUCCGAUAGUUUUGGUUUUAUUUUAUUUUAUUUUAGUUUAGUUUGUGAGAUUCGCUGAAUUUCAUUUUCAGCAGCAACAUCUUUUCAGAAACGGUGUUGCUGUAAAUCCAGAUAAACUAUUUCUUGGGCAGAAAAUAGUUUCAGUGAACACAGGUUUCUGAAAAGAGAGGUUGCUGGUCACCACCACCAGAGGGAAGAGAGAAAACAGACUCACUGGCCACUUUAUUAGGUACACCUGUAUACUCCAAUCCUGAACACACACUCUGUCGACAGCUGUCAGAGAGGUGCUGAUUCAGUUAUACUGAGAUGUGUUUCUGUUAUUUCCUGCACACAGUUUAAAGCAGUGAAGGUUAAAUAACAGGAACACAUCUCUGUGUAAAACAACACAAGGUGUAACUAACAAACUUCUACCGCUGUGUGUACGUUUUAGUAACCUGAGUAAACUGACCCUUUAAGCUGAGACCUCUGAUGAAGCAGCUCUCGUAAAGCAUGAACCUUUGUGUCCCCCCGGCGUCUCUCUUCCUCGUGUUGAAGGAAGUCCAUUAUUUUAACUCUACCUGUCGUCAGAAUCAGAUUCAGCCGUCUCUGUUAGAGGCUGGAACACAGUGGCGUUUCAGUAGUUGUCUAACGCUCCCUCGCUGACUAACGUCGUGACACGUGGCUCUGUAAAGGUACGGUGACGUUUCGCUUCGAAACCACAGACUGAAGAGUGAGCUUGUGGUUUUGAUGCCAGACUCGGCUUUGAUCAGUGAUGUCACACGGUCAGAGACGCGUUGUCGCAGCGACCGUGGCGACGCGCCGUACGUUUACAGAGCAGAGGAUCUGAAUGUGAAGCAGGUGAAACUGUAAUGUGAGAGAGAUGACAAACAGAACAGGGACGGCUUCUGUCUCCUAACCAGACAUCAGCAUGUCCAGUCUGUCUGACCCACCAGAGCAAGGGCUGCUGGGUAACAGAGAGCGGUCCUCUUCAGAAAGGCUGAGCUUCUGUGCUGCUGCUCUGCUGGUUUUCGUGCCAUAAGUGGCUUGUUGUGUGUGUGUGUUGUGUUUGUCCAUGUGCCUAAAUGUUGUGGUGGGAGUAAACGGUGGUGGUGGAUGACAACAAAGACGGUGGUGUGUGUGCACGUGUGUGUUGACAAAACUCACUUUGUUACAGGCUGCGUUCACAGCUGAGAUUUGAGGCGGCUCGUCUCUGUUCGGGCUGACAUCGGGUCAGUUUCGGAGCCGCUGUGGACGCAGCCGUGAACUCUCAGUACCUCGAACUCCUGACGAUCCGAACCGAAGUUCAGCAAUGUGUUUGUGGGCGCUGGGAGGUUUCGGAGGACGGCGACGUCACCUGGAGUUGAGGCUACAGCGGUUUGUCUCCAUCGGCAGACGAGUGUUGACGGCCUUUUUGCGGACUUGAGUCUUUUCAGGUCCAGAGUGUCGCAGGUCUCCUCAUCGUCAGGUACAAACUUGUAACCUGUGAUCUCGUCGUCCUCUUAAACCAGCAGCGCUUCACAGAGGCUUCAGAUAAACUGGUAACACUUGACUUCAGUUGAACUGUUCUUUGCUCUCCAGCCUCCACGACCUCCAUCAGCCAAUCAAACGCCUGAAAACAAAUCACACUACAAGACUAACACUUCAGACGGAAAACCCUUCUCACUCUCCCAACAUCAGGCUCCUUCUCUGGGAAACCUGUCAGCUGAUGUUGAACGACUGCUGCUGCAGGUCGACGUCACGGUAACGUGAGUGAUUUGGUCAAAUCCAAACGCUUCAAAGGUUUAAAUUGAGAGAUUCAAUCAGAAUUUUUGAGGCGGGAGUGAAAGGCUGGACAGUGAGCGGCAGUGAACUGAACCAACCACUGACUGAUCGCUCCAGCUGUUGAAAUGAAGACGCGACAGGCAGCACGACGAGGCACCAGAGGCUCAUGGGAGUCAGAGGGAGGCGGGUGGGGUCUCUGAGUGAGACGGUCGAGGUCUGGACGCAUUUAAACAGCAGUCGUUCGACUGAUUCUGAAACUUGUCUCUGUGUGUCUUUACUGUAAAAAAAAGCCAAAUCCUGAUUUAUUUUUAUUUUUUCUUUUUGUGAGAAAACGCAGCUACAGUUUGUGUCUCGUGUUUUCUCUCUUACGUUUGAUCCACAGAGCUGAAGCUGCGUUUAUGUCAUGUCAGGUAGAAAUGGAGGUUUCACUGCAGAGCCGGUCGAGUGAGAGUAAAAAAUACUGUGCAUUAACAUUACAACUAACGUAGCCUUUAUUUGUCUUUAACGACAGGUGAUUAGGCACCUGUAUUUAUUUUCUUUUCUCUUUAAGGUAGUACUGUAAUAUUCUGUAGAGCAGAUCGGAGCAAAGUUUCUAGGUUUGUAAACUGUUCAGUUCUUUGCUGGGAACAAUAAUCUGAAUAAUCUGUCUCGUUACAAAUUUUACUUUUACUCCACAUGGACACGACGAUGUUUCCGCCACAAACUUUCUUUACUCAGGUUGAAACGUUGUUUUGUCCACGUAGAACGAAAAAAAAGCAUCACAAAAAAGAUAGUAGGGCUGCAACUGGAGAUUAUUUUUAUUACUGAUUAAUCAUUUUGUCUAUAAAGUCUCAAAAAAGCAGGUGAUUGCUUGUUGUAUUUGAUCAAAAGUCCAAAACCCAAACAUAAUUCAGUUUUCUAUAAUGUGACAAAGAAAAACAUCAAAUCAGACGUGAGACUCUUUUUUUUUUUUUUGUUUAAAAAAAAAUGUCAAAAACGUUUAAUUGAUUAUCAAAAUAGUUGCUGUCAGUCGACUAAUCGAUUAAAUGUUGCAGCUCUACAAGAAAGCUGUGCAGGUGUGUUUUCAUCCAUCACAGUAACAUCCCACAUGACAUAAACGUGUUUCACACAUCCGUUUUUCGUAAAGACGAAUCACAGACAAUCUUUGAAAAACCCAGAAGGUUGUUUAUCAACACGUAAACAACGGUUCUGUUAGUGUCUCCAACAUUUACCGAGACUCCUCCAGCAAUCUGGAUGAAUUCAUUCUGGAUCUGUGAAGAUUCACGUUUUCUGAAACUCUACUGCUGAAAUGUAAAUAUCAAGCUCUCUGUUCCUCUGAGCUCCUCCUGGACUUCUUCAUCUGUGUCGAUUUAACAGCUGUAACUAAACAAAUCUCAAACUAAAGCUGCUGAUGACCUCGUCAGGAGGUGGAAAUCCUCAGGCAGAGCGCGUGACUGGAGACUGGGUGGAGAUGUUUUGUCAGCUGCUCGGCCUGAGGUCAAGAGUGAAGUGUCAACAUGGAUGAGAAGUCCUGGAGCUGCUCAGAGGAAAGUUUGAACAUCUACAUUUUCACUCUGAUAAUGACUGUGUGUUAUUUUCAAAAGCACCAGAACAACAGAGUCUUUCAUCCAGAUUAAAAAAAACAAAACCUUCAAAGAUUCUAUAAAUCUCUUGUGUUGGUAAACGACCUUGUGGGUUUUUGAACGAUUGUCAAUAAAAACCAAGAUUCACGACACAAACUAAGGCCACAGAAAACCUUUUUGUCAUAUCGAGGAAAUAAAACCAAACUUUGUCCAGACCUCUGUCCUCACCGAGACACGAAGCUCCGACAGGUGAGCCGGAGUCCGAUUGGUCGGCUGCCUCUGCCUCCACCUGCUGCCUGAGCGUCGGCCUGCGGAAACAUCACAGCACUGUGAUACUUACAGACUCCUAAUAACUACGUGUGUGUAAAUAGCUGAGAGAAGAAAACUAUUUGAAAAUACAAAGGCGACACUGCUGUCUGGCAUUUUGUAUUUAAAUUAUUUAUUUUUGUAGAUUUUGACCAAUGAGCUCUGCUGUUACAGCCCUCACAGUCGUGCUCUUUCUAUUGAAUAAAGAUUUCUAAGAGA